AUGGCUCACCUGACCAGCGUGCCUCUCGAGGUCCUCCUCCAGAUCACCUCUUAUCUCACUACUCCCGAAUUCGGAUCUCUUCGAAGCACCUGUAAGCCGCUUGAGGCAGCCUUGCGUCGCGAUUUCGCGAGAGAGUACUUCUCUAAGAGACAGUUCGCCCUGAUCGAGUUUAGCAUCCAGGCUCUCGUUGAUAUAUCCAAAUCUCAAUUCGGCCCCAGCCUUAAACAUGUCAUCAUUUCUUUAGAACACCCUCUCGCCAUCUCAACCCAUGGUCCCAGCGAAGAAGCAGCGGUUCGUCACAAUCAAUACCAUGCCGAAUACCUCAAUCAUUGGGAAUUCACCUCUACAGGUCUCGAUGUUGAGAUGCUGUCAGAGGCCUUCAAGCACCUUCCUAAUCUCGAGAGCCCGACCGUUGGCAUACGAGACUUCCCCUCAUCAAGUCGCCAUCGAGAUGAAACCACUUGGAAGAGCUAUGGCUGUCCAACCUUCGAAAGAAAGACCCGCAAGAAAUUAGGGCUUCCAGGAAACACGCCCGACUCUCGUGGCGCCGAGUACACUCGUCAUGUUUUUUUGACGCUUUUGAGAGCAAUGGCAAAUGGUGCAGUUUCUGGCUGGAACCCCAACCUCACCCGAAUGGAGAUUCUUUUACAUAACUGUCGACUUCUAGAUCAGUCUUUCAAGAUACCUAAGCGUUUAGACGUCGGGGUUUCAUUGGCCCUCGGCAAGCUCAAAACUUUAUGGUUAGACAACCUCGCUGAGGAUGCACCCCUUUACGUCCAGGCCACCGAUGACCAGCUCGAACCCAUAACUGCAGGAGGGUUCUUUCUCUCCAGAUUCCUGCUGAAAACACCAGCUCUCGAGCACUUGAGGCUCAAUUUCCAGUCGUACCUUCCUGGUUCCGUCGAGAAAUUCCUAUCUUGGGUAGCAAACGCGAAUGAGAAUUCUAAAAGCUCUAAUUCAAGGCCUACCGCCGAUUCUCUACCUCUCCAUUUCCCAUGUGCACCAGAGUUCCCGAAGCUGAAGGUUAUUGAGAUUGGGAUGGCAACUGUGAAGGCAACCGUUCUAUUCACCUUAUAUGAACGAUUUAAGUCAACUCUUGAAGGCGUUGGCCUCCAUAAGACCAUGAUACUAGUUCCAAAGGGCACAAAGGCCAAUUACUGGGCUCGCUUAUGCAAUACCAUGGCAAAGGCUGACCUCCAGCUCAAAAUGGUUUUACUCUCAUAUCUAAGGCAGUCUAACGGAACGCGAAGUGCCCUCGUCACAUUCAACGGGUCAAAAAGGCAGUACGUGAAGAUCUGGAAAGGGACCGCAUUCGCCCAGUCCGCCAAGGAUAUCAUUAGUGAUAUGGAGCUAAACUGGCCCAAUGGGAGCAAUGAUAAAGAUUCAGAUUCGGAUUCGGAUUCGGAUGAUGACGACGAAGAUGAGAUCAUGGAUGAUGCUCUAUGA